UGUGUCCCUGGGAGCUUGGAGGACCCAAAAACAGUGACACAUCACAAGCUGAUCCACGCCACCUCCGAGAAGGUGCUGACAGACACUAAAACAGUGUUGGAGGAGAACAUUCAGGAUAGAGAUGUCUUGCUUUUGAUAAAGAAGCGUGCGCCACCUCCGCUCCCCAAAAUGUCAGACGUGUCUGCAGAGGAGAAAAGGAAACAAGAGCAGAAAGCUCCAGAUAAAGAGGCCAUCCUCAAAGCAACUGCAAACCUGCCCCCUCGCAACGCGGAUCGCAGCGUGGCCCAUCACAACAUGAGGGAUUUCCAGACAGAGCUCCGGAAGAUCUUGGUGUCUCUCAUAGAAGUUGCACAGAAAUUAUUAGCACUGAACCCAGAUGCAGUUGAACUAUUUAAGAAAGCAAAUGCCAUGCUGGAUGAGGAUGAGGAGGACAGAGUGGAUGAGAUCGCCCUGCGGCAGCUCACAGAAAUGGGCUUUCCAGAAAGCAGAGCUGUCAAAGCCCUUCGGUUAAACCACAUGUCCGUGACGCAGGCCAUGGAGUGGCUGAUAGAACACGCAGAUGACCCUGCUGUGGAUGCUCCACUUCCAGGUCAGACUCCAUCAGAAGCCACAGCUGAAGCUGCUGCAUCCUCUGCUGAGGCCACGGCGGGUCCCAGUUCAGAAGCAGGGGAGGAGGAGGCCAAGGAUGAGCUGACAGAAAUAUUCAAGAAGAUUCGGAGGAAAAGAGAGUUUCGUCCAGACCCACGAGCUGUCAUUGCCCUGAUGGAGAUGGGAUUUGAUGAAAAAGAAGUGGUAGAUGCACUGAGAGUAAACAACAACCAGCAGAAUGCAGCUUGUGAAUGGCUGCUGGGAGACAGAAAGCCUUCUCCAGAGGACUUAGAUAAGGGCAUUGACACCAAUAGCCCUCUCUUCCAAGCCAUCUUAGAAAACCCAGUGGUACAGUUAGGGCUAACCAACCCUAAAACUCUACUAGCCUUCGAGGAUAUGCUUGAAAACCCCUUGAACAGCACCCAGUGGAUGAACGACCCUGAGACUGGGCCUGUCAUGCUCCAGAUCUCCCGAAUCUUCCAGACGCUGAAUCGCACGUAGAGGGGACUGCCAGCCCACUGUGCCACCUCCUGCUGUCCCCCACCUCCCCCUCUCCUCCACGGGGGGGGUGCA